UUUGGUUUGUUUAUCGCGGACGGACAUGUUUAUUUACGUCCGUGGUUUUCGAUUAUUCGCGAUUGUUGGCGACAGUAAUAACAGCUAGUCCAACAACCAAACGACCCAGCUGACUCACGCACCAUCACUCUGGUGUGUACACUGUUGUAUGAUCGCCAAGAAAACAUCAUAACAUUCGCCUUAAUCGAGCACCGUUCGCGCUUGCAACCAUUGCAACCGAAUAACAAGCAUAAGUAAGCAAUGAAUACUACAACACAGCAGUAAGCGCGCUAGUAACAACAAACUUUCAUCUUUGCGCCUUUGCAAAUCGCGUGCGCCGUGGUCGCGGACGGAACGCUACGCUGAGUAAAAAAGUGAUGCACGAGUAGAGUGCUUGGCAAAUCGCGUCGCGCACGUUCCACAUUUCGAAUAGAAUUCCGUGGAAUUCGACGCUUUUCUAACUCGUCUGCUUUCGCACCGCGAACAGACGAAAGCAAUUGUGAAGAGGAAUACAAUAGUGUCGAGCAAGUGUCGAAAGCAAAUCGAAAGAAUGGAAAGGAUUAACCAUCGAGACACGUAUUAGGAAGCAGUGGAAGCUCAGCAGUUAACGGGCGCCGCUCUCGGUUUCUCGGCUGUUUGGCAGCCGGCAGACGUAUUACUAGUUCAAGUACAUCGCCACGGCGCCGGAACGAAGCACACGUCGUGAGAGGAGUGAAACAAUCGCUAAAAACAGCCAGUCACCAAGUCUGAUCAAGCAAACGACAAAUUGUAUAUGUGCUGCACUAGUGAUCGGUAACCCAACGAAAAUGAUGAAACAUUCGUGUUUACCAACGACUUGUUCCAAACGUCAUUGUUAAUGUUAAUACAUUAAUCGUGCGCUUCCUCGCUUCCACCUCGUGAGUUUUGACCAGCAUCAUCGCCUAGGAUAUGCCGCAGCUGCAAGUGCAGGCGUCGUCGUGCAUCGACGCGCCGCCAGUGCAACGACACCAUCACGCCGUCAAAUUAAGCAUCUUCAAAGAUGUGCCGGCCGUCCACGGCAAGCCGGCGGCGGCCACUGCUGCCACCACCACGCGCAACCGAUUGAGCAAUCACCAACGGAAUCUCAGCCUCGACUUUCGAUCGAUGGGAAUCCCGCUACCGCCCGUCCCGCAGGUCCCCGUCUCGACGAGCACGCUGCAUCAUCGCAACCGUAGCCUCGACUCAGCGCUCCAGCGCAUUCCCGAAGUGGACGUGACACCCAGCCCUGAUAGUGAGUCGGUUGCCGCCACACUGCUGGCAGGCGCCGCCGAGAAGGCAAAGUCGAAGGCGAAAGCCAAGCAACGCGACGAACUGGCGUCUCUAGGCAGCGAUGACUCGGGCAUCCUGUGCGGUUCCGACAGUGGUUCUAGCGAUAGCCACUGUGAAAGCGCAGGCACCCGGGAAUCUAGCGUCGAAUACCUGUCGAACAAUCAGAGUCAGGAGAGUCUGAACAAGGACUGUGCUCUUCUGAAUACCAUCGUGAACGUCUACGACGAGCCGGAUGAGCUGACGAAGGAGGAAAUUGAUGCGGAGCCGAUGACCAUCACCACCGAGCAGCCCAAACAAAGCGGCUUGCUACGGAUGUUCGAAUGCGACGUUUUUAAUGUUCACAUGGCAAUGCACUAUCUCUUCAACAGUAAGGAGCCGGGAGUGCAGAGCUACAUCGCAAAUAAGAUGUUUAACUUUGACGACGGCGAUCUGGAUUUUUACUUGCCACAAUUGGUGUGCAUGUACAUUCAGAUGCAUGAUGUAGCCGAGGUUAUUCAUCCAUAUCUAGUCCAUAGAUGUCGAAAGUCCGUCGAUUUUUCCUUGAAAUGCGCGUGGUUGCUGGACGCCUACAGCUCGGAAGCCACUGUGCCAUCGAAGAAAAAGCCGCUUGGCAUAAAAUUACGCGACAAAAUCCUCGCCGACGAGUUUAGACAGUCAAAAUCGCAGCCACCGUCAAACCAACCGGGCUUACCGUCCACAUGCCCAGUGGUGCCGACCUGCGAUAAACUCGUUGUGCCGGCGUUGGCCGCCGUAAAGAAGACGCACCAACGUUCACAGAGCGAUGCCUCGACGCUUGUUAGCGGAAUGAAGCGAUGCUCUAGUUCCAACAAGCUGUACAUCGGCGAUUUAAGCUCCGGCCGAGCUUUCGACAACGGCUGCACCUGUUUUGAUAGCUGUCAGAGCGUCGUGAACGAUCUCAGGGGAGAACGGACUGAAUGCACCUGCGGCGCACCUAGAUUAGAUCCCGAAUUGGCGUUCAUGCAAGCACUGAUUACGAUAGGCAAACUGCUGAGCUCCAUACCGACGAAGGAGGCGAAAACGACAAGACUGAGAGCUGAACUGACUAUGCUUAAUCUCAAUCUGCCGGCGCGCGUCUGGCUGCCGCUUACCAGCGACGCGCCGCAUCACAUUGUGCGCAUUCCCCCUCAAGUCAGCGCCGUGUUGAAUUCUAAGGAUAAGGCGCCUUAUAUUAUAUACGUCGAAGCGCUCGAAGCUGACGACUUGUACUCCAGCCCAGUGCCAACUAAGAUAAUGACAUCUUCUUUGCGACACACUCGUUCGGAAGAGAACCUGGGAGCUGAUACAGCUUCGCUGUCUGCGUUUAGCAUGUGCGGCAUGGGCUGCGAGGACGACCCCGAUUGGAGCCAAGAGGACGACGAAAUCUCGCUGCAGUACUGCAAGACGCAGACGAAAUCGAUCGAGCGCGAUACGAUUUCGCAGCUCAGUCAAGAAUCGAGUGAUUCACGUGAACAUCCGCACUUCAUUGAAGCAGGCGACAUCCGUCGACGACUAUCUGAUUGGGUACAUCAAGACAAAACCAAAAGUUUCACGCACGAUCCGAAGGAUCCAAGCGCGGCGGCGUUGAAGGAACUGUGGAAGGAUAAAGAAAAACGAGUUCGCGAGGCGUCACCUUACGGGCAUUUAUCGUCCUGGACUUUGCUUUCCGUUAUUGUAAAGUGCGGCGAUGAUUUACGGCAGGAGCUGAUGGCUUCGCAACUGUUACAAAUGUUCCAGAAAAUAUGGGAAAUGGAAUGUGUUUCAUUAUGGGUUCAUCCAUACAAAAUUUUAUGUCUAUCAAGUGACAGUGGAUUAAUUGAACCAAUUUUAAACACGGUGUCUUUGCAUCAAAUCAAAAAGAACUCACAACUUUCGCUGUUGGAGUAUUUUAUCCGAGAGUACGGACCGUGUACAUCGGAGGCCUUCCUCACAGCUCAAAGGAACUUCGUCCAUAGUUGUGCCGCAUAUUGCCUCAUCUCGUAUUUAAUGCAGGUCAAGGAUAGACACAACGGAAAUAUUCUACUGAGCUCGACGGGUCAUCUGAUCCACAUCGACUUCGGCUUCAUUCUCUCCACUUCGCCGAAAAACCUAGGCUUUGAAAAAUCUCCUUUCAAACUGACGCCCGAGUUUGUCGAAGUCAUGGGCGGAGUCGGCUCUGACAUGUUCGAAUACUUUAAGAUUCUGAUGCUGCAAGGAUUAAUCGCCGUCAAAAAGCACCAGGAUAAAAUCAUUCCGAUCGUUGAGAUUAUGCGUUCCGGUUCGCUGCUGCCAUGCUUCAAGCUAGGUGCCGCCACCGUGCAGAAAAUGAAGAAGCGCUUCCUGACGAACCUCACCGAAGAGCAGAUGCAGCUGGAGGUGGAGCGCAUGGUCGAGGAUAGCAUGCACUCCUUGUCGACGAAGCUGUACGAUGGCUAUCAGUACAUCACCAACGGUAUCCUCUGAAUUCGAGUCCAAUAUGAGUACUGCAUUCGCUGAGACUGGUAGAUUCGAGAUUUGCCUUUGAUUUCCUUCGAGUAAGCGUAGUUAAAUAUUAAUCGUAAUUAACGAAUACAUGCAAGGACAAGUCCAAAGAGGUCGCGAGAAGAGCGCUGGGAGUAUGGGAAACUAAUGUGAUUUUGAUCUAUGUGCGAUUUUAUAUCACUCGAUGGGCUUUUGUAAUUGAGGAGCGGCGCCUCGUUAGUCCACUUUUGUAAAAUGCGUGCGUCUAGGGCGCCUAGGCGAAGCUGCGUGUGUGUGCGUGUAACAUAUUUGUAAAUUUUACUUACGGUAUGCAGUAAUGUAUAUAUUAGUUUUGUAAGCGGCCGGAGUUUUGCAAGGAGCUUCAUUGCAUUCAUACGCACGUCAUACUCCCGCUCCCAAAUCUUCUGUCGGAACGAAAAGUACAUACAUUGCAACCACAUAAAAUAAUACUCAAUUUAUGGUCAUGACUAUUAUGCGAAUAAUAUGUAAAUAUUUUUAUUAACUAGUAAUUUUUGUGUACAUAUAGUCAAUUUUUCAAAAUGUUCUAGCAGGUACUCUAUAUAUAUGAAGAUUUAUUUACAGUUUUAAAAUAAGUUGAAAUAUUUUAAACUUUA